AUGAAGCCCUGCAGAGCUUUCAUGGCGGGUCUUCUAGUGUUCUUGGUGUUCAUCUUUCCUGUUAGCUUUGGUUGGGGCCUCGAUGGCCAUUUUACCAUCUGCAAGAUCGCUCAGUCGCGGUUGAGCAGAGCAGCAGCUGAUGCAGUGCAGCGACUGUUGCCUGAGUAUGCAAAUGGUGAAUUGGCGAACGUUUGUAUUUGGGCUGAUCGAAUCAAGUUUCGAUAUCGAUGGUCAUCGGCUCUUCAUUAUGUUAAUACUCCAGAAUCCCUUUGCACUUACCAAUAUGCCAGGGACUGCAAAGACGAAAAUGGAGUGGAAGGUCGGUGCGUUGCAGGGGCCAUUAACAACUAUACUUCCCAGCUUCUGACCUACAAAACUCGGUCUUCUUCGUCUCAAUAUAACCUAACUGAAGCACUACUUUUUCUUUCACAUUUCAUGGGAGACAUCCAUCAGCCUCUUCAUGUUGGGUUUGCUGAAGACAAGGGAGGAAACACGAUUGAAGUUCACUGGUACACCAGAAAGCAAAAUCUACACCAUAUAUGGGAUAGCAACAUAAUCGAGACAGCAGAAGAAAAGUUCUACGACUCGAGUGUGAAGGGCCUGAUCGAUGCAAUCCAAAUGAAUAUUACGAAGGAAUGGACAGAUGAAGUUGAAGAGUGGGAAAAGUGUAAUUCUAAGAAGAUAGCAUGCACGGAUAUCUAUGCAUCAGAGAGUAUCCGAGCAGCCUGUGACUGGGCAUACAAAGGCGUAACCGAAGGGGCUACGCUAGCAGCGCAAUAUUUUUCGACCCGAGUGCCAGUAGUGUACCUGCGGUUGGCACAAGGCGGAGUCAGAUUAGCAGCUGUUUUGAAUAGCAUCUUUGGUUGACAGAUUUCUUCAAGUUUAUACUAUGAGGAAAGGCCUGCAUGAAAUAGUUGAGUUUCCAGUUAGUCCUGAAAAGCUUACCAUAACUAUGCUUCUGUAAUCUUAGCAUCAUAAAGAUGAAUAAAGUUCUUCCUGGAAUAUCAUUCUCCUUUA